AUGAACCUCCAUGCAAGAAGAGUGACUUUGCCUGCGAUCACUCCACUUACUCUUCAAAAGCGGGUAAUUAAAGUGUACAAUGAGGACAACACCAGUCGAACAGUUGAGGUCCCUAAUGACAUCACAGCCCAGGACAUCUGCCAGCUGUUCAUUUUAAAGAACCACUGCAUUGAUGACCACAGCUGGACAUUGUUUGAGCAGCUCUCACACCUAGGCAUAGAAAGAACCAUAGAAGACCAUGAAUCAGUCACUGAGGUGCAGUCAGGCUGGGGCAUGGAUGCCAGCAGCAGAUUGUAUUUCAGGAAGAACUAUGCCAAAUAUGAAUUCUUCAGGAAGCCCUUGGACUUUUUCCCAGAGCACAUGGUGUCUGCAUCAAGUGAAGCCAGGGAGACAACCAACCACUCGCAACUGAUACAGACAUUUCUCAACUCAAGCACAUGUCCUGAGAUUCACGGGUACCUGCACGCUAAAGAGCAGGGGAAGAAGUUUUGGAAGAAGUCCUUCUUUGUUCUGAGGAGGUCCGGACUAUACGUAUCAAACAAGGGAGAGUCAAAGGAACCAAGACAUCUCCAGUUCAUCGCUGAGUUCAGCGACAGCGAUGUCUACACAUUGCUGUCAGCAAGAAAGAUGCAUGGGGCACCAACAGACUAUGGAUUUUGUAUUAAGCCUAAUAAGUCCAGCUCCCCCCGGGACUUGAAGUUGCUCUGUGCAGACGAGGAGCACAUCCGAACCUGCUGGGUAACCGCCAUGCGCCUCUUCAAGUAUGGCAUGCAGCUGUACCAGAACUUCAUCCAGCCGCAUCAGAAACAGAGAGGCUCACCAAUGAGAAGUAUUUCGGAGAACUCCCUGGUGGCCAUGGACUUCUCAGGACACAAGAGCCGGGUGAUCGAGAACCCGACAGAGGCGCUGUCCGUGGCCGUGGAGGAGGGGCUUUCUUGGAGGAGGAAAAGCUGCCACCGUCUGAGUUCUCACGGAAGCCCCUCCCCCUCACUGAGCCCUCUGUCUAACUUAGCUAUCCACAGAGCGCAGCCCUGGUUCCACAGCAGACUGUCCCGAGAAGAGGCACAGCGCUUAAUAACACAGCAAGGUCUUAUUGAUGGGGUUUUUCUUUUAAGGGACAGUCAAAGCAACCCCAAGACAUUUGUCCUGUCACUGUGUCACGCCCAGAGGAUCAAACAUUUUCAGAUCCUACCUGUGGAGGAUGAAGGCCAGCUGUUCUUCAGCCUGGACGACGGUCACACGCGGUUCAGCGAUCUGAUCCAGCUGGUGGAGUUCUACCAGCUGAACAGGGGCGUGCUGCCGUGCAGGCUGAAGCACCACUGUGCCCGGAUCACCCUGUGAGCCGGGCCUGCCGCCAGAGGCCUGCACACAGGAGGAGGGACUCCCUGCACAACCAGCAGCACAUACCGUGCCUUGGACACACAAAGCACCAGAACGAGAGCAGCCGAAAAAAAAAAAGAAAAAAACCCUCAGACCAUC